AAUUCGAAAACCAUGAAUUUGUUUGAUUGUUAAGAAUUAAGUUAACGAAAUCGAUUUAUAAGUUUAUCUGAUUGUUAAGAAGUUAAUGAAAUCCAUUUAUAAGUUAUAUUGACCAAUAAUUGCUUAAUUGAGCUAAACAGUUCCCCCAUCGCUGCCCGACACUUUAUUUCAGUUUAACCACAUAAUGCAAUAAUUGAAAUGGUGGAGGUAAUAAUGUCCACUUAUCGGCGGCAUUUUCUAAGGAACGACCACAGUAUAGGGUUGGUUGUCGAUAAGCCGCGAUCAGCAGAUCAAGACUGUAGGUGAGGACGGCCUUCUCAUCCCAACGGGACGAAAAUACGGUUCCAUUUUGGUCACUUCUGUUGAAGACGGAGGCCUUGCCCUCUUUAACUCUGGAUAAAGGGGAGUUCAUACUACAUUGUGAGCAAGGAGCUGAAAAAACAUGGACGUGUAUAUUUUUCUUUUCCUAGGAUUGUUUUCGAGGUUCACUGGGACAGAUGGACAACAGAAAAGCUACAUUGCCGAGUCAGCCAACGUCUUCACGACCGCCUUUCUGAAGUACAACAAGUACUUCCGGCCUUACAAUGAAUCCUCCGAUCCAGUCCAAGUUAAUGUUCGAGUGGAUUUCGUGAGGAUUCUUGAUGUCGACACUGAUGCUUCAAGCAUGACUUCCAUAGUAGAUAUACGACUCCAAUGGGUGGAUGGACGUCUCUAUUGGUACUCUGACAUCAUCAAACACGUGACAGUGAACAGCACGGAGGUCUGGACACCCGAUGUAUAUUUCCUUAAUAUGGAGUCGCGACCAGAAAUACUAAUCGAACCUCGCUUCCUGACAAUCGAAUCCACCGGAAAAGUAUAUUGGUACCAGCGGGCCAAGCUUCGGACGCCGUGCACCACCGAAUCGGAAGGGGAAUUCUCAUGUUCUGUGACUUUCGGUUCUAUGCAGUUUCCUCAGAGUGAGCUAGACUUUAAACGUAUUAUCUGUGAUAACCCCGAAUCACAACACGGUAAGGUUAACGUCACAUCCUGUGUGAAGGAGGAAGCAAUGGAUGAUUUAUCUGGCGUGCCAUUUUUGCAAAAUACCGUAAAAAGAGGAAUGUGUAUAGUAAAUGUUUCUGUCGACAUGGAAGCAAAGAAAAGAGACCAACUGCAGCACUAUAAGGUAGAACCCCGACAGAGCAGCAUGACGUCAUCGUCUGUUUGUGUUCUUGUAAAUUUAGUGACCAUAGUUAUCCCCCUUACAUUCGCUCUGGUAAUGUAGUAUUGUAGAAAUAUACAAAUUGUUUUGGUGUGACGAAGAUGAGCUGUAUCAUGAAACGUGUUUCUGUUAGAAAUACGUUUGCAUAUACGAGCGACACAAAGACAAUGGCAAAUAUCGCGCAAUGUAGAUUUAUAUUUGGACAUGCUUGUGUUUUUCACAAUUAUUGAAUCUAUGUCCAUAGCUUGGUUAAAACAACCCAUUUCCUAGUCAAUUUUAGAAUUAGAAUGUGACUUUUCCUUGUUUAAUAGCAGACAAUUCGAAUUACUGUAGCCGACAUAGUUAUACAUACGUGCUCUGGAUUAGCUGUGAUGAUGUAACUGUAGACACUGUCUAAUUUAGAUAUAUAUCCGACCCCCUAAUAACACCAACUUUCCUUUGUUUAAGAUUAUGUGUAACAGUGCUAACCUUUUUAAUUACUGAGUUACAUAAUUAUCUUUCAAUCAACAUCGCAUUCUAUCAUUGCAUUGGGACCUCUGGAGGGAGCUUAUUAUUAUUAUUAUUUAUAUACAAAUGAAGGGUAAAAGACAGAAUACCCAAAAUGAUUCAUAGAUAUAAAAAAAAAAAAAAAUGAAAAAGAAAGGUAUUUGUGAUUGUGUUUAAUAAAUAUGUGUCAAUGUUUCAUAGCUAUGGUAUUAAAAAAAAAGGUAUUUUCUAUAUAAGAUUGAUCUUUAAUUAAUCAUGAGAGAUUUAAAUAACAUAAUUAUUUUUAAUUCAUGUUCAAGAUGUGGAAAAGCUUAUCUUUCCAUGAACAAUCUAUGUUAUUAUUAGCUUAUACAAUGUAUCUACAAGCAUGUGUUAUAGUAUUUUGCUUACACAUAUGUAUCUUCAUAAAAAAUGUUAUUAAAUGGAAAAUGGAGGGGGAAAUUGACAAUGCAAUGUGCAAUGGACUUAUGAUGUAACGUGAGAGAGAGAGAGAGAGAGAGAGAGAGAGAGAGAGAGAGAGAGAGAGAGAGAGAGAGAGAGAGAGAGAGAGUAUGAAAGAAAAUGUGAGAGAAUUUCACAAAAUAGUUGUCUUUGAUGUAAUUUUUCCCCAAGAAGUUUUGUAUGCUAUUGAUUGUAUGUAUUGCAUUAAUAAGAGUGUAGCAUUAUAUUAUAGUUUUUUGUUUA